ACGGAAUCAACCAACAGCUGCAUCUACCACCAAUCUCUCGUCAGCCGUACCCGCGAGAAUCCUUCAACACGCCUCAGAGAUCCAUACCGCAACUCAGCGUCCCCACCCUCCUCCUUUCUCCUCCACUUUCCCCUGCCGCCCGAUCACAGCAACAGCCACCCAGCCCAUAUCCUAUAACGUAGAGGCAAUGUCUACAGCCGGUUCGCCAAAAUCCUCGCCGCCAGCUGCAAAGCGCAUCAAGCUUGAUGCUGCCGCUGCCGCAGAGCCAUCUACGGCCGAGAGCAACGGGAUGCCUGCAGUAACCUCGGCACCAGAAUUCACCUCUGCGCCUCCUCCUCCUGCGGAAGCGGAAUCAAGCGACGAAGAGGAAGAGCAAGAAGAUGCCAAGGAGGAAGAAGACUUGUCCAGGACAGAUAUGUACCUCGAUACUAUCUCCAGACAGAAGCUUGACUUUGACUUUGAGCAUCUGUGUUCUAAAAGCCUGAGCAAUAUCAAUGUCUACGCCUGUCUCGUUUGUGGCAAGUACUUUCAAGGGCGAGGAAAGGGCAGUUGGGCGUACCGACACGCCGUCGGCGACAACCACAGAGUGUGGCUCAAUCUGGAUACUGAAAAGUUCUAUGUCCUCCCGGAAGGCUACCCGGUCGCAGACCACUCUCUCAACGACAUUAUCCGCGUCCUCCACCCUCGAUAUGCUCCCAAAGACAUUGCCAGACUCUCUCGCCUCCCUCCACUCUCCUAUACCCUGGAAGGUCAAAAGUACACUCCAGGCUAUAUCGGCAUCAACAACAUCAAAGGCAACGAUUACUGCAACGUCGUCAUUCACCUCCUCCUCCAUGUCCCUCCCCUGCGCAACUUUCUGCUCCAUCCCAAUACGCCCCAACUCCAGAUCGAGGCCCGUCCCACCGAGCUUGUGAAGCGGUUCGCGACACUGGCGCAGAGAUUAUGGAAUCCGCACUUGUUCAAAGCGCAGGUGUCGCCCCACGAGUUUUUGCACGAGGUGACAAAGAGGAGUAAUGGGAAAUUCAAGACGACCGAGCAGGGGGACCCUGUUGAGUUCCUGGGGUGGCUGGUCAAUACCCUGCAUAGAGAUCUGGGCGGAACAAAGAAGAGAAACUCUAGUAUCGUCUACUCGACUUUUCAGGGAAAGGUGCAGAUUGAGACGCAGCAAGUUAUCACUCAUAAAGAGUAUGCCCGGCCCGUUUUCGACGUUGGACGAGACAUUCAGAAAAUAUCUUCACCCUUCCUUUUCCUUGCCCUCGAUCUUCCCGCCACACCUCUAUUCACAGAUAUCAACGAGAAGAAAAUCAUUCCCCAGGUCUCUCUGGGUCAGAUCCUCGCCAAAUUCGACGGCAAGCAUACACAAGAAUUCGGGCCCACGCUCAAGAGACAUCACCUCACGUCGCUUCCUCCUUACCUCAUCCUCCACAUGAAGCGGUUCACCAAGAACAACUUUGUUGAAGAACGUAACCCUACCAUCGUCAACUUCCCUCUUCGAGGCGUCGACAUGAGCGAGUGUAAGUGUCUUUCCCUAUUGACAUCGAACGCAGCUGAACGGUUGGCAGAUGUCGACCCCAAACCUUCCGACAACGUGCACACCCAAUAUGACCUCCUCUCCAACGUCUUUCUCGACACCACUGCCGCCUCUACCUCGACCUCUGGUACUGGCCCGGGUAUCACCAAGCGAACGCCGCAGCAAGGCGAGGAGAACCAGAUGUUCUGGAAAAUUCAUGUCCGGGCGGGUCAGACGGAAGGAGAAGAAGGCAAGAAUGGAGCCGAAAAGAGUGCAGAGACGGAAGGAAGAGGAGAAAAGUGGUUCGAGAUGCAGGACCUGAAUGUGACAGAGGUCAGGAAGGAGAUGGUGUUCCUUGGGGAAACGGUGAUACAAGUGUGGGAGCGAAGGGAUCUGUCGACGUCGCGAAAGUAGGAUGGGGAGGGGUGUUAGUAGAUGACUGUGAUGAACACUGUACAAUGCAAGAGAGGGCCCCGGACGGACGCGAACUUGCCUCCACCUUGGCGUCGCGGCGUUUCGGUCAGCAGUGUUUUGAGAAUGAUGCACAGGCUUGACGCAGUCCAUACAGAUGAUGGAG